AUGCCGAAAGAAUACAUUGAUGGUCUCCAAUUCCGCUCUAUCAUAUACAAUGCAGCAGCAGACGACAAUUUAAAACGCUUACGGGUGUUUCUCAAGCCCACGAGAAGUAGGAAGUGGAUUGACCAGUGUUUGAACAACACUGAGAAAAAGAAUCUACCGUUAGUAGUAGCCGCUAGCGAAGGAAAUUUAGAUGUUGUCGAAUUUUUAAUCCGAAUAGGGGCUGAUCCUAAUGUCAGAGGAAAUGUUUCAAUUGAAGGCGAGACAAUAGAAUCUGCUACACCACUUUGGGUUGCAGCUGCGCAAGGUAGAGAAAAUGUUGUUCGGUUCCUUGUUAGCGAAGCAGGAGCGGAUAUCAACUUGGCCACAAGUACCAGUAGCACUCCGCUCCGUAGUGCAUGUUAUGAUGGUCAUCUUAGUAUAGUUAAAUUUCUUGUCGAAAAUGGAGCUGAUAUCGAAACGCCAAAUAGACUAGGGCAUACUCCCCUGAUGAUCGCAUCUUUCAAGGGAAAGACUAGCGUUGUUAGAUAUUUGCUUUCUAAGGGAGCUAGUAUAACUCAACGCAGUUUCAAAGGAAAUACAGCUCUUCAUGAUGCUGCUGAGGGGGAUCAUGCUGAAGUUUGUGAAGUCUUACUGGAGUACGGGGCAACAAUGGAGAAAGAUGAUCUAGGUCUUUGCCCUUUGCUAUGUAGUGCAUUAUAUGGGAAUGGAAAUGUUUUGCCCGUACUACUGAAAUACUGUAAAUCCAACAUAUUGAGGAGAGAUGCAUUGAAGUUGUUCGGUUGCACAAAAUGUGAUAAAAAAAUGAACGUUCUUGGAGCAAUCACUCUAUGGAAAGAAGCCGCAAAUGUUAAGUUGACUCCUGAAGAGGAAAUUGAGAUGAGAGGCAUAUAUGAUAAACAUGAAAUAUCUAAAGUGUAUGAAACAGAUAAUGAGAUAGAUACACAAGAAGAUGUCGAAGCGAUUCAAGGGCAUCUGGAUGCUAUAUAUAUGCAAUCAUUGAUAAUGAGAGAAAGAAUUAUCGGUCCGGCGCACAUGGAUGUUCAUUAUUUUCUAAGAUAUAGAGGAGCUAUUUACUGUGAUACUUUGCGAUCAAAGAGAUGUUUUGAGUUAUGGCUGCACGCGUUAACUCUACAGCAGAAAUAUUUGCCUCCUUUGAAUAUUUGUACAGUUGCUACUCUUGAAGCAUAUCAAGAAACUUUCUCUCUGGCUCUUAACGAACAAGCUAAUAAUCUUGAUAAUGGUAGAUGGUCUGUACAAGCUGAACAAGUCACAGAACUGUAUGAUCGAGUAUGUUAUGAGCUAGAGCGCGCAUCUCGUGAGACAGAUUUUGCUGCUAUUCAAAAAGUACAGCAGUUGGAGUACGAUCCAGAGAAGGAAAAAAUCAACUUAGUCCUGAUCACCCUGCAAAUAUUGUUUAUGAUAUACCGAUUAUCAUUACCUCUUCAUCAUCCACAAAAUAGAGGCGAAAAUGCCGGAACACUUCGCCAAAUCACGGAAGUUUUCGUUGAUGUUAAGAGGUUUGUAAGAGUCUGUGAAAAGCUGAAGGUUCUACCUCUUCAUUUGGCUUUAACUGAUAAUGAGAAUAGAGAUUCAGUAGACAUGCCCUGUAAUUAUGUUAUCGAGCGCUUGAUAGAAGGAGGAGUUGAUAUUUCGGCCCAAAACGAAGAUGGGAACACUCCUCUUCAUCUUCUCCUUCUUCACAUCAAACCCCGAGAGAGCAUUGUACACACCCUUCUGAACUCAGGAGCUCCUAUUCUCGCGAGGAAUAAAGAAGAUAACACUUGCCUGGACUUAGUUGAACUGUCGUUAUUGAAAACUAUCCAAUCUGGUAAAUACUUAACGUUGGCCGGUCUUGCCUCAAAUGUGGUGAUGAGAACGUUAGCAGCAACGAUGAAAACCAAAGAAGCAGUUGAUAAUUACAUCGACACCAGCAAUCUGAUCCCUUACCAAAUUCGUGACUUUGUAAAAAGACACUAA